UUUAUUUUCUCAGCCCAUUUUGAAAAGCAAGAGUUUUUUUUGCUCGUUCCGUCGUCCGUUCGCUGCUGUUGUUCAGAAACUUCUCGCGGAACAAUAAGAGCGGACGGUGUGCCCGUACUGCUGUUACGCGAAACUGUGAUCCAGGUGGUGCGCUCGCGUGCGUGUGUGUCGAUCGUUGUUGAAAUUGUUCGAACUUUGAACCAAGGAAAAAGAGACACACUGAAGUGUUGUAGCGCAACAAACCAAACAUCGCGACCCAUCAGCAUAACCCAGAAGGAAAAAAGGUGGCGUAAAAACACACAACAUAUCUCCGAAUUCACACAGAAUCGUACGUUGAAAGCAACAAAAAACACACACACACACUCACACGGUGUAGACAGUGUGUCGGAGGAAGGCAGAGACAUAGCGAACAGCCGCCCGGUAAUACAACCCCUUUUCCCUGGCACACGGACAAAGUUCGCCCACACAGCAAGUUGGUGCAACACGUUGCUGCUAGAUAGAACGAUCGAGGAGAUCGCACCCGAGGAGAGCGAGAGGGAGAGAGGGCUCGUGCAUCAGGAAACGCGAGGGCACGCGUUUGCAACGCGACGGCAACAAACAGUAGAUCGCAAUCGAGCGAUCAUCGAGAGGUUGCAGCGUCAUAGCAGAUUUGUUGUUGGUGCAGGCGGCGCCACAUUCCCGUGCGAUCCGAUAAUAUGCGCAGUGGAGCAGUGCAGACCGGCAGGCGGCAACACUGUAGCGGAUAGAAACUGCACACACAGCACGGCGAAAUCGAUCGAGUGUGGUAGAGAGUAAUAAUAAGCUGGACCGGGCGGUAGGGACAGACAGAGAGUUUGGAGCAAUAGGCUGCACACGAAACACACGUGAAACACACAGCGGCGGUUGCAUUAGCGAUGCGCCAUACCGGUGGCGUUGCCAUUGGAGUGUCACCACUGUAGCGCCGUCAGGACGAACGUGUGUGUAUUUGUUUUGGAGUGUGCUGAGAUAAAACAAACAUCCUCCCGAACAAACAGCACGGUCCUCGAAGGGAACACAGAUAGUUGAACCUUCACACAAGCACGAAAUUGCACGGCACGAUCAUCUCGUGCGAUUUCUACACACACACACAUACAGCCAAAGUCUUGUUCGAUACUGCGAACCGUUUGUGCGUGCAUGGCAAGGGAUGCGCUGCCACACAGCUAAAGGAUCGCCAAGGAUAUCGAAAGCGUAGACUAGACCGAGCGAAACGAAUGCGGUGGUGCGGCUCUUCCAGUGUGUCACCGCUGCUGGCUGACGUGGUGAAACGCGCGUGGAGGCACGAACUACAGCGAACGGCAAGGACGCAGAGCAACGGUGGCAGACGACGAUCGUCGUAGAAGAAUAGGAACGGAACGAAGCGUCGGCAAAUCCCCCCCGGCAUCAUGAUGUUCGUAUUUCACGUGGAUCAAGGUCGCAUGCUGACCUUUAAGAUGCAGUGCAUGUUUGAGGACAUCCGGAAGCUUAAAGAGGUGAUCGAGCGGAACCAUGCGAUACCGGCCAGAAGCAUCGUUCUGCUCGUCAGUGGCGGUGAGCUGCUGCAGGACGAUAGUCGCGCCUGUCACUAUGCAACCGGUACCGACACAAAUCCGAUCUACAUGUUCUGCAAAACGGUGGGCGAAUCACCGCUACUGUCCCCCGGACCGAUCAAAGAGACUGAAGUCGAUCUGGAGGGUCUGGUAAGGAAAAGUCUGGAGCUUCCCGUUUCCUACACGACGGUCGCCGCACGUGCCCAGCUAGCACAAAAGAUCUACGAGAUGGGCCGGGAGGAGCUAAGACGGUGCGAGGUGCUCAUACACGAGCAGCAUCUGCAGCAGCAGGGUUGGGCCGCAGUGGUCGCCAACAUGGAGGACACGAUCAAGGUGUUUCAGGAGCGCUCCGAAUACUUUAACCGUAACUACGAAGAGCAGCUACGGUUGCACGAGGAGCAGAUGGAAAUUUUGCAAAACUUUGACAAAAGCCUUCAGCAGCUGGCAGACAUUCCAAUCCUUUCGUCGCUGAUGGAAAAUGCCGAAUCACGCCCGUACGGUGUGUUUGACGAGGUGUUUAACCCGAGCGUAACGACCAACAGCGGAGCAAGCCGCACCGCUAGCAACAAUGAACAGUCCGAGCCGGGUGUGCCCGGUGCGAUUGAAUCGACGGCCGUGAAAACAAGUGACGAUCCGGCGACACAAUCUGCUCAUUCGUCGUCGGAGCUUCCCGGAGCAGAAGACACCGCGGCCGAAAGUGGUGCCGAAACGACAACGGCGGCCGAAGGUACAUCCGAGGAGGUCACGCUAACGGAGCUGGAGCGUGCGAAAGGUAUAUCGCUGCUCGACUGGAUAUCGGCAAUGGAUGGUCAACUAACGCUGAAGCGUAUGGCCGAGGAGUGUCGGAUCAAUAUCGAAAAAUUCAACCGCACGCUGCUGGUAAAUUUGAACGAGCGCAUCGACAAAUCGGUGAAAGCGUCGCAAAGUGCGGAUAUAAAAGUUGUAAAGGGCUUGGAGGAACGAUUGCGGGGACUGGAUGAGUUGCUGGCGAGCGCGAAAAAGUUGCUCCAGGAUCAGAACGAGCUGGCACAAGGAAUAUUGAAGAAUCAAGAUCGGGCGAACAAGAUAGGUGACGUGUCAGUGCUGCCGGACCUGUGCGCGAUGCAUCAAAACACGUUGCGACUGAUGAAGAAAAACCAUACCGAGCUGCUCGAAUACCGGCGCCGUUGCACGAGCGCGAAGGACGAGCUUGGUUUCAACUUAACCAAGAGGAUAAAGUACAUUAUGAACGUGGAAACAAGGGUGCACGAGCUGGACAGUACCCUGCAGCUGUACCACACGUCGCUGCAGCGCUUGCAGAAGCAUCUGAGCAUCAUCGAGCAAAUCCAUAUGGUGCCAUGCAUAUACGUAAGCGCUGUAACGGAGGUGGUCCGUCGGCGCAUGUUUUCUAGCGCAUUUUUAAGGUGGGCUUCCGACUUAGCAUGCCGCCUGAUGGCGAUACACAACGAGGAGGUAGCAAGGCGGCAGGAGUUUUCAUCCCUAUUCGAAGGCCACUUCCUGAGCACACUGUUUCCUGGCAUGAACGAUAUGCCACCGUCCUACGCCAUUCAGGCACCAUCGGUGUUCGAUUCUAGUCUACCAGCGUUGGACAAGCAGGACCUUGAGGAACUGUCCCGCCACCUGCCUGAACUGACGGAAAAGUUUCCGCUACCGAACAUAGCUUCUGUGAUAGAUUUUUUUCAUACUCGAUCGGUAGAGCAGCAGCAACACGAAGGGAGUAGUGGCGAGAAGGACGAUGCCUCAGUUCGAAGCAAAGACAACGCAACAGCAUCGUCCAGUAACGAAAAUGUCGAAUCUUCUUCGAAUGGGCCCGACCAGGCAGCGGGGGUUAAAGAGAGUGAUAAGAUCGGAGCGGAAUCGGAAACCGACACAGAGGACUAUGAGAAGGUGCAGAAUCAGAGUCCCGUCGACGGAUGCUCCUCGCGGCAGGAGGAAACACCGAAGCUGCCUGUUGUUCCGGUGACGUGCACCGUCGCCACUUGCACCGAACCGAUAGAGACGGUUUGUGCGGAGACACUAACAGAGGAUAAUCUCGGCACCACGCGUUUGGAGGUAGAAAGGCUCAAAGGUUUACUGAGCAGUGUUUACCAGCUGUCGCAGGACUCGAUUAUGAUGCUGCGCGAUCAGCUGGCGCGGGUGCGUACCGAGGCCGAAAGCAACCGCACCCAGUUUCAGUCCGAGCUGGGCGCAAUGAACCGUGCGUGGAAUGACAUCCAGCAGCUAGCACGCAAUCGCGAACGGGAAACGAUCCAGCAGCUUACGGUUGACCACGAGCUGGAAAUGAACGAUUUGCGCAAGAGCGUGCAUCAGAAGGACGAUGAAAUUCAAUCGUUGCGGUCGGACAACAGCACGAUGAAGGCAAGCCACAUCGAAACCGUUUCGAGCUACGAGCAGGAGAAGCAGCAGCUGAACGAACAGAUCGCGCAGAUGCGUGAAGUGAUCGGACGCUUGGAGAGUCAGCUGGCCAGUGCCGAGGUAGACCGCAAGAAGGCAAUCCAGGAGGCGGUAGAGCAGCUGGAGCACAAGCACCGAACGGAGAUCGAAUCGUUGCGCUGUCGGUUCAAGCUGAUGGCCACCAGCAUGGACCGGUCGCCGUCCGACACGAGUCUGGAGAAGAUCGAGAAGCCGGACAUGAUCGACAUAGCGACGCACGAGCAGCUGGUGGCGCAGAUGCGGGACGAUUUUCAGCGCGACAAGGAGCGGGCGGUACGGGCGGCUAUCGAGGAGGAGCGACAGCGAUGGGAAGCGAGUGCCACCGGCAGCAGUGCUGGCAUUCCCGUCGGUAGUGCGGGUAGUGCGAACCGAUUGCAUCGGUCGUAUGGUGGGGCCGGUUCACCCGGCAGUAGCAGUCCGGACGUGUACAAGCGCAUACUCGACGAGAAGGAUCGCCAGCUGGACGAGUUGCGCGAGAAGGAAUCGCAGCUAGCGCGUGAGGUUAUGCGCAUGCGCGAAACGAUUCUAUCGCUGACCGACCCGGAACUGAGUCCACUGACCGAUCAAAGCUGCCGGGAGCAGCUGGAAGCGGUGGAAGCGGAUCGGCAGCAGCUGGCGGAGGAGCUGCUAAAGCUGCACGGAAGCAUGAAAACGCUCGAGCUGGAAAAGAGUGCGCUGGCACGGGCGGUGGAAAAGCACCGGAAGAAUGCGAUCCAGCUGUUAAACUGCGUCGAAGGUGACACCGUCUCGUAUGUGUGGAAUGCCGCACACUCGCACUACAUUAUUCCGCAGGUGGCAGAUUACAUGUACUUCCUGCACGAAAGCUGCUACGAGGAUCUCGGUUUGGUACAGCCGAAAAAGAAUCACCUACCAGCCGUAUUAUUCGGGUACGGCACCAUCAUCAACAAACACUUUUGCUAUGUACGCAGGGAUGAUAACCGGUACGGUGUUCCGCGCGGUACCCGGUUCUAUCGCGUCCGGCUAAAGCCUAUCACGCUCACGAAGGAGCCCAGAGGUGAUACAGCGUCGUCCCUGAGCGGUGACUCAGCGGCAGAUAUUUCAGCAGCCCACCAACAACCUCCAACGGCUGAAGUAACGAUCGCAAUGCAAUCCAGCAGCAGCGCCGCCGGCCGGCUGAUAGAUUCUUUCGCACAAACCGAACAGCCGGCCUCCACGUCGACGCGGCUGAUCGGGGAUGGUAGCAAAUCACCGACCGCUACCAGCCGCGACAUGAUCGAUUCCGGUGUGGUCGAGCGCAGCAGCUACCGGGAGCGCAACAUUAGCAACACCGAUGAUGACGAUCUGGUGGCGGGCAUCGAUUCGACCGGUAGCAUCGAUCGUAUCCGCUAUCAGAGCGUGUGCGAGGAGGAAGAUCCGGCGGCCGGCGACGACGAUGAGACGACCGACGGCGGUGGUGGUGGUGGCCUUCCGGAGAGUACCGGCGGUAGCAGUAGUGCGACGUUGAUGCUGCUUAAAGCUUUUCUACUACUCAACGGCGACGAGGAAUGAUGAUCAUGAUGAUGAUAGAUGAGAUGAAAAGAAAAAAACAAAGGAAAGAAGAUGAUAAUGAAGAUCAGAACGAUUGUGAUGUAAAAUGAUGAUGUAUUCAGUCGGUGAUGUUUUAAAUUCAGUGAUAGAAUCCAGCGGGUUGUGUAAAUCGAGUGCAUGAUUGCCCUAAAGUUGUGGCGAUAGGCGGAAACUAUGAAGCUGUUUCACACACCCUCAAACAUAGUGUUGUGUGCAUGCCAAACCACCAGAGCGGCAGUAGAUAUAUAGGAUAAGGGGAAGGGAACGGGAGGGAAGGAAACGUUGUUUUUAUUUUUCUCAGAGGGAAGAAAGCUGUAUAAACAUCGAAUAUUAAACAAUGCAAACUCUUUGGUCUCUCAUUGAUUUCUCAGGAUCGAUGAGACAGAACGGUGGAGAGAUAUCUCGGGUGGUGUAAAAAGGAGCCGGGCAGAAACAGAAUCAAAAACAAAAAACAAACAGCAACAUACCGUGAUGGCCGUGUUUUAAACAUUUUAGAAUAGAAAGGCACACACAAAAGCAGGCAGGGACAGUGAGGGACACAGCUUUUUUUUACCGGGGGGCCUGCACAGCGACACUACUAUGUGUUGACAGAACCGAUUGGCAAAGGUUGAAAAUUGUGAGGGACAUCUAGAACUAGACCAGAAUGCAGAGUGAUUGCUCGAAAGUACGGCCCAGAACCAGCCAAAGCUAGUGGAGCAGCGGUGAGGGUAGAGAAGCGAAACGAACCGUCGUCGUCGUUGUCGUAUCGAACAAUGCUUAGCUUACGGAAGGAGGAUGCUUCUCGAAAGGAAACGGAACAGACGGAAAAACCCGUAGAUUAAAUACAAACGAAAAGUGAAAUUAUUCUAAUGAAAAUUUAAAAAUAAAAACCAAAAAAAAAAUGAUUUAAACUACUUUCGGUGUUAGAAAGCUCGUUUGGAAUGUUAGUCAAUUUUGUUUUCCUACCGCCGGCGUUCGAUUUUAACACGCCGAGUUAGUCAAAGUCUAACGCGCCUAAUGCUGCUAGUUUGUACGAUUAUUGUUUCUUUUUGUAUGUUCGACGCACAUUCAACUUGCACAUAGUGAUCGUAUGCGUAUUUGCUCCUGUUACUGCUGCUGCUGUUGCUGGUGCUACACUUGCCUUCCCAAACAUGCUUGGUACAGACGGUUGCUCGUUGCUUUCUCUAGAGCUUCCCCCUUCCUUAACUACUUGUUCUACUCCGCUCAUGCUAACCGAUCGGGCCACAAAAUCAUACUCGCGAUUCCUUUCGCACGCACGACACCCGCCCGGGCGUUACGGGGACAUGCCUCCAUAACUCACACAUAACGCGCAUUACUAACAGCAUCAUUCACCAUCAUCCUAACCAGUAAGCAGACCGUUCAUCCUAACUGCACGCUCACGAAGUAAAGCAAAUCCGUGUUGCCUUUCUUUUUCUUCUUCUUUCCAUCCACCCUAACUCUACAACAUCACUCGGCUGGACUCUAAAAUGCCCCCGGCACAGGAUCAUCCGGCUUGCUACACAAGCGCCACUACUGACACUUCCGUUGUUGCCAUUCGCACCUCAUCGAUUCAGCAAGCCGUUCCCGCACCGGCAGCACCGACUAUCGCCGCCGACAGUGGUAACAACAGUGAGGCGUCCACUGCCAGCAGCACUCGCCAUCCGCUUGUCGCCACCAACAUCCACGGCAGCAGCUCGCAACAGCCGCCGCCAGUACAGUCGCUGCUGUCGAUCGGAAGUGGCGGUAGCGGAGCCGGAUUUGGCUCGAUCGCGGAUGAUGUGAGCGAUUCGGCCGAUUCCGAGUACCGGUCGCUCGAGACGAACGAUCCGGAGGAUAGUGACAGUGCGGUGGCUCCACUGCCGAGAGCGCUGGACGAAAGUAGCGACCGUUGUUGAGUGCACUGACUAAGUUAACUAAUGUUAAACGCUUCACUUAAUGCUAGAAGGAAAGUGUGGCUUGGUUUUUUUUGAGGAGGCCUGCUGUGCGUGUGUCACAUAAAGUGUCAGCAUAAAGUUUGAUUUAAUUCCGGUUUUAGUAUAGAUAUUUCUGUAAGCAAAUACUGCUGAUCUUGACUGACUGUUUAUCAGCUACUAACUACUAAUUGUGUUGCUUGGAAUUGCAUGGGUAUCCCGGAGUUUGUUUAACGCAUUCCCAGACGGGUUUGAGUUUGUCCCACGGUUUUUUUUUACCUCUUCUCAACUAUUUUCGGUUUUAUUACUAAGAUUCCUACUUGCAAUAUUGUUGAAUCCAAAUUUUUGAAACCAAUAUUUUUGCACAAAACUUAACUAUACGAACAUGUGUACAAGAACAAAACAAACUUCCUUUUGUCAAACAAGUGGAAAGUGUCAACAUUUCGGGAUAUCCUGCUCUAAAGCCUUGGUAAUGAAAACUCCCUGUGCACGCAAACAAAAAAACUAACGCACAGCUGUUACGUGGCGUUACGGAAGCAUGCCUAACUUAAUGCAUCGUGCAAACAUCGCUCUCAUGAAUUUAAUAUGCAACACUCAACACUGCAACACACUUUGAAAAUUUGCGUUGUGCGCGAAACAACACAACAACGACCGACGCAAUGCCGUGAUACGUGGACGAGCGUGAACCAACCACCGGCCUGGUGUGCCCAGCUCUCUAAGGAACUGUGUAAAAUAUAUCUUCUGCUAGCUGUUUUUUGCCCACCUUAAACUCAGCUGUUUUUAUGAAACACGAAUUCCUUCUCUACCAAAAACAAAAAAAAAAAAAACAAAUCACGCGUUAAUGGGGAAUGAGUUUGGGAGGUUGGACGAUGGCAGGAGCAGAUUGGCUUUAGAAAAGGUGGAAUGUGAAGGCAAAGAUCGUUCUAAAUAGUGUGUAAGUAGCUGAUAGACAAAAUUCUAAUUAAAACAAAAAAAGCAACAACAGAUAUCUCGGUAACACGUAUGAUAGAACGCUUUGAUAUAAGAAAGGGACUGGAGUGAGUGCGGAAAAGGGUUAGGAGCGUUGGGAGCUGUGUGUAAGACAGAAGGUAGCUGACAUAGUAGGAGCAAAACAAAAGCGAAAGGAUGUAGACUUAGAGUAGACAUUUCAACUGUGUUACGCUUACGUUCAAUGGCUGCAGGGGACCUGAGGUGCGUUAUGUGAAUGGCGCCGCGUGAAAAGCUAGUGUGUGUAUGUGUGUGUGCGAGGAUGAAAAUGGGGUACUGAAGUAAGGGUGCCUGCCGGUCGGUACAGCGUUGUAUAUCUUGAGCCUGCCAAUGAGAUAAGCCUGUGGACGGACGAACAGAUCUAAGCAUGUAAAUGAUGAUCGGUGGGGAUAGAAGAGCAGGGUGCGAAUUUCAAGUCCACUUUUCUAUCCGACACAAGAUGAUAGUGAUCACAAGUAGUGAUGGCGCAGUGUUGUUUCCGAGCACCCCGUUCCUUGGGCUUCCCGGUAACAACAUGCUGAAGGUCACAGGAAACAGGAACGCUUGGCAAACGGAGACUUUGCCGAUGGAUGUGUAUUGUCUGUUUGCGUUGAAAAAAGAAAAUCAAUUUUGUCACACCACUGCUACCGUUGCUACUAUCGAUAAAUAGCCUACCGUGUAAAGCACUAUUGCUACUGUUCAUAGUAAUUAAAACGAAAAGCAGCGCGUAUGGUUGGCCGUGUGAUAAUGGAGGAAACAAAACAACAAAACCGUGGGACAAGAAUGUAAAGCACGAAUGUGAGAAGCAGAAGAAAAACUAAUAGACGGAAUAAACGGACGGAAAUUCAACGAUAAAA